CAGGGGCAGACUGACCAUUUGGAAACUCGGGCACUGCCCGAGGGCCUGGGGUCAGUAGGGGGCCCCAUGAGAUGCCCCUGGUACCUUUUUCAUAGGCUUUUUUCAGUUUGGGGGCAAGGACACAGGGGCCCCAUGAUCCACUAUUGCCUGGGUGCCCCAUGAGUUGUCAGUCCGCCCCUGGUUGUCUCACCAUUAAAGUACUUUGUAAAUAUAAGAAGCUGUCUGGAUAUUUAACACUACAGCAUUUGGUGAACACUGAAAGGAGCAAUAUGCCU